AUGCAGCCCGCCCCGCAGCCGCUGAGCCUGCAGCCCUACGACAUGAAGGAGCAGGGCGGACCCGCGCCCCCCUACCCCUACCCCUACCCCCGCGGCGCCGCCGCCGCCCCUUCCCCCAGCCGGCAGCCCCGGGACUUCGUGGUCUGGUCCUUGUUCAACUUCAUCUUCCUGAACGUCUGCUGCCUGGGCUUCGUGGCCCUCGUCUUCUCCUUCAAGUCAAGGGAUCGUAAAGUUGUUGGAGAUGCGGAAGCUGCGGCCAGCUAUGGCACUACAGCCAAGAGUCUGAAUAUUGCUGCACUGGUCCUGAGCAUCCUGUUCCUCAUUCUCAUCAUAGUCCUGGUAGCCUCUGGUACACUAGCUCUGCAACAUAUGUACCAGCUGAACAAGGACAACCGCAUGACUUAUGAAGACUACUUCCAGAAGAAUGGCAAAUAA